ACUUUGCCCCUCAUAUGUAUCAAAAAAUCAAAAGGAAGUGAAGAUUGAGGACCCAUUUUGCGGUUCAUGCUCUCAUAUAUGGAUAUGGAAAAGCGCCAAAUCACAGUCUAAUUUCUCUUGCUGAAGAUAAGGUGACAGUGUUUUGUGUCAAACGUAUCCCGAAAACCCAAUCUUCUGAGUUCUGGCCAACUCGCACGCUUCCUUCCCCGCUUUCUAUUGAGAAGGAACUGCGAGCAAAGAAUCGCUCUCACUUUUCCCUUCCACAAAACAAAGAUCGUAUCUUUCCUGCGAUUGAACCAAGAAUCAGUCUGUCGCUAAACCCUCCCUCCCAUCAGUUUCAGUUGGAUCAAAUCCGGAACUUUACCCCAUCAGAGCCCAAUGACUGCGGCGGCGCUGCAAACUUCGUGUUUAUUCAAGCCGCUAGCUUUCUCGUCUUCUUUCCCUUCCUCUUCUAGGCGCCCCCUCCGAGGAGCUUCCGGAAAACAUCUAUUUUCCGGCCACCUCAGAUUGACUUGCACAUUGCGCCCGGAGAACUUGAAUUCUUCUCCUGACUGUUCAUCCGAAAACCAGGAGGCUACAGAAUCCACCACAGUUGAAGAUAGAGCUGAGCCGGAGGAAGUGCAAGGAGAUGUCGCAUCAGAGGGUUUGAUAUUGGAGAACGAGGAGAACCUUCCCUUCGGGAUGUGGUUCUUGGGGGAGAUCAAGAAAAGGCUGCUGUUUCCGCCCGAGCUGUUAGGUUGGGGGUUGAUGUGGCAGCGUGAAAAGAGGCUGAAAUAUUUGACUGCAGAGGCUAACUCAUUCCCUCAAGAUGCUAAAAAGCAAAGCGAUUUGCUGGUUGAGCUUAAUAAGAACAGCCCGGAGUUAGUCAUCAAACGGUUUGAGGAUAGGACCUAUGCGGUAGACAGUAGAGGAGUUGCAGAAUAUCUCCGAGCUCUUGUUGCCACUAAUGCUAUUGCUGAGUAUCUUCCUGACGAGGGUUCCGGAAAGCCUUCCACUCUGCCAUUAUUGUUACAAGAGUUGAAACAACGCGCUUUAGGGAAGCUGGAUGACCCCAUUUUAAACCCGGGUGUUUCGGAAAGGCAGCCGUUGCAUGUGGUCAUGGUUGAUCCUAAUGAGUCAAAAAAAUCGCCACGCCUCAUUCAUGAGCUUAUCUCCACCGUUAUAUUUGCUAUUGCUGUUGGUUUGUUAUGGUAUGUGACGGCUUCAGCAGCUCAAAAGUAUAUUGGUGGCUUAGGCGGUGUGGGUGCUUCAAGUGUUGGUUCAAGCUCAUCUUAUUCUCCAAAAGAGUUGAAUAAGGAAGUAGUGCCCGAAAAGAAUGUCAAAACAUUCAAAGAUGUCAAAGGUUGCGAUGAUGCCAAAGAAGAGCUUGAGGAGGUUGUCGAAUAUCUUAAGAAUCCCACCAAGUUCACCAGGCUUGGGGGCAAAUUGCCCAAGGGUAUUUUAUUGACUGGAUCUCCGGGAACAGGAAAGACUUUACUGGCAAAAGCUAUUGCGGGAGAAGCAGGGGUUCCUUUCUUCUACAAAGCAGGCUCUGAGUUUGAAGAGAUGUUUGUGGGGGUUGGUGCCCGACGUGUUAGAUCACUGUUUCAAGCAGCUAAGAAGAAGGCUCCUUGCAUAAUAUUCAUUGAUGAAAUUGAUGCUAUUGGGUCAACUCGGAAGCAAUGGGAAGGUCAUACCAAGAAAACACUGCAUCAGUUACUUGUUGAAAUGGAUGGGUUUGAGCAGAAUGAGGGUAUUAUCUUGAUGGCUGCCACAAACUUGCCAGAUAUACUUGACCCAGCUUUAACUAGGCCGGGUAGAUUUGAUAGACAUAUUGUUGUGCCAAAUCCAGAUGUACGUGGUCGUCAAGAAAUACUGGAGCUAUAUUUAAAGGACAAGCCAGUUGAUUCUGAUGUUGAUGCAAAUGCUAUUGCUCGUGGGACACCAGGGUUCAAUGGGGCAGAUUUGGCAAACCUGGUCAAUAUUGCUGCAAUUAAGGCUGCUGUUGAUGGUGCGGAGAAGUUGACUUCAUCGCAACUAGAAUUUGCCAAAGACAGAAUAAUGAUGGGAACAGAACGCAAGACAAUGUUCCUAUCUGAAGAGUCAAAGAAGUUAACUGCAUAUCACGAGAGUGGACAUGCAAUUGUGGCCAUGAACACAGAAGGUGCACACCCGAUCCAUAAGGCAACUAUUAUGCCACGUGGGUCCGCCUUGGGAAUGGUCACACAGCUCCCUUCGAAUGAUGAAAGUUCAAUCAGCAAAAAACAGUUAUUAGCACGGCUUGACGUUUGUAUGGGAGGAAGAGCUGCCGAAGAGCUUGUUUUUGGUGUAGACCAUAUAACCACUGGGGCUAGUAGUGAUCUUCACACUGCUACUGAACUUGCGCAGUACAUGGUAUCAUCUUGCGGGAUGAGUGACACAAUUGGACCAGUUCAUAUCAAAGAGCGGGCAAGUGCGGAAAUGCAAUCACGCAUUGAUGCUGAGGUAGUUAAACUCCUAAGAGAAGCUUAUGAUCGUGUUAAGAAUCUGCUAAAGAAGCACGAGAAGGCAUUGCAUGCUUUAGCCAAUGCUCUUCUCGAGUACGAGACAUUGAGUUCUGAUGAAAUCAAGCGAAUUCUACUUCCCUAUCGUGAAGCUCGGCUCACUAACCAACAACCGCAACAACAAGAGGAGGAUGAGGAACUUGCAUUGGUUUAGUUUUUCCUUUCGUUCUCCCCCCAGUAUAUAUAUCACAUUCCAUCACACCUCUCGCAUUGGUGCGUCAGCUCUACUCUUCCUAGCUGCUCAUGGGGGACUCUAUGCGAAGCAACAACUUGGUACAUCAAUUAUUUUUUUGAAAAAAUGAUUUAUUGCGCAUGUUUUUUGUUUGGGGGGGGGGGGGGUCUCAACAGUGGCUGCCCCGUAGGAUUGGGUAUACUUCGUACUAGUUUUAAUGGAUCGAGUUCGGCUGUGUUCUAAUUUAGUGCAGUGUUUGGUUUUCUUGCUAUGGGCAAGAGACCGGGUUAACAUGUACAGUCUUUGGGCAUCUAUUGAUUAAUGGUAAUAUGCCAAAAUUAUUCAUAAAUAUAUUUACAUAUUGCUUGUCUUUUUAGUUAGUCUCUUUCAUUUUAUCUUACAAUAAUUUCACUACGCAUACGCC